UUCGUCGUAUCUUUAUUACCAAAAUGAUUUUCUCAUUUUAUCAUAAUCAUUUUGUCGUAUUGUAUCAGUUGUUUUCUGUAAGUCUGGGUAACUUGAGGUAGUCUUAUGACGACAGUUCAUGUGAGGUAACGCUUGGAUGAACACAAUUCUGCACAGGGUCAACGGUGUCAUAAUGAACAAAGGCGCGGUUUUAUGUCUCUGUAAUAGCUUAGGGGCAUUUCAUCAGUCGAUCAUCAUGCCAUACGCAUACUAAUGAGACAGGUGGCAAACACGAACUUUAACGGCUUGUGCAAAAUUGCUUGAUCGGAUUCAGAGUCAGACAGCUUGUAUUGGAGUACAAGUAUUUGAAAAAGAAGACCUGGAACGAUCGACUGUGUGAAGUCUUGACGCUUUAAUUUUCUACAACUGUUGCUUCUGUUCUGUUGUUGUUUUUUAAAGACCGUUUACUUCCUCCAAGAUGGCGGCUUCUCCCAGACCUGGACAAUGUCAGUCUACAACUGAGCCGUUGUUGGAAAGUCUAACAUGGAGCGACGCCGUUCUACCACUGAACCUGGUGUUAGAGCAAUUCCACCUGCCUCAAAUCGUCAAACUGACGGGUGAAAAUGGCGCAGACUUUCCUGACGGCGCCCUGCUUUUACUGGUUGGGUUGCGGAAGGAUAACUCGAGGUUUGUUGUGGCCAGGUGCAUGGCGGGAGACAGAGACAGGACCAUGGUGGGACCAUGGCUGUCCAUACCGCUCUCCUGCAAGUCCAGGUUCGUGCGAAUGUCAAACAAACAGACAACAAAGGACAGGUUUCAAGGAGUGAAGGAACUGGCGGAGUAUCUACCAAAUAAAGUCAUAGCAACAGAAGCGGUGUCAGAGCUAGGAUCGUCUGGGAAUUCGUCUUCACAAAUACUAGUGAAUGCUGGAGAGGAAAUUCACUGUCUGGGGAUAGAAGGCGUACAUACAAAACCGCCCAGCAAACGACAGCUGCACUCUAACUGGACGCUGGCCUGUCUUAACGAAAAUAAUGAUUACUUGACACUCUCUCUAGAUUGUAGUGCAAAGUUCUUGGCCGUCGCAAGUGUCGUUGCUGAGCAGAGCCCAGAAGAGGAGACCAUAGACAAGCUUGCCUCAGAUACCUUCCCUAUAACCGUGCUACAAACGAACGGUGAAACCCCCAAAUUUUGCCAAGACACAUUCACGGGUAUCUUUAGGCUGGUACAAGCAAGAGAAGAUAGAAUGAUCAGCGCAUGCUUGCUCAGGACUGGUGCAAACGGCGCCGUGUUGUACCAGUUUCUGGAACUUCCCGCGGCCACUACCUCGGCAGUUGUGUUACCUGAGGGCAUGGUUAAAGACGAGGUCUCGUACAACUUGCUGCUCAUGAAGUGCUGCGAAGAGCUUAAAGUGUGGACUGCAAAAGACACGGGAAGUAUCACUCGCGUUUUAACACGUGAACUCUACUUCAAGAACAUCGCGCGUGGAAGACCUGCGCCACAAAAGCCCCCCGUUAUCAGAAUAGCGACUCCUCCAUGUAAAGAGGAUGAAGGAAUUUACGCACCGCUACAAAGCGACCCUCGCGACCACCGACGACCGCCUACACCUCCGCCUAUAGAGAGCUUGCGCGCUCUGACGCUAUCCAGAAGGAGGGCCAGCACGGGAGAUACCACUGUUCUUAGAGGGGACGAGUCUGGGACCACAGAAGAAGGGCUUUCUCCAUACACACCACUAAGGAUCCGUCGUCAUAGCAACAGGGAAAUACCUGAUCGUCGUCGAUCUCGUCCUGGCUCAAAUUAUCAGUCCCUCGUGUGGGAACCCCUAUCGGAAAACAACGGCAAUGCAGGCACUAGCACUAGGACCAGAAAUGCCAGCGGCUCAAAACAAAAUCUCAGGGACGAUCUCUUUAGUUUGUGAUGCUAUUUAGCUGACGCUUUUUUGCACCUGCUUGGAUUUAUAUCGAAAGAUACUAGUAGUCAAAGUUUUGAUUUUGUGGAUUCUGUGGAUGAAUUUAAACGUUUCAAACAUGUAGAUUUACUUUAAGUGCAU